CUUUCCAACCAGUACCAUCCUGCCACCUGAAUCCUCUCCUCUCGGCCUGAUGCCUGUACUCAGCCUGAUGCCUGCCAGUUGACUCGAUGCCCACUGUUGAUCCAGAUGAUCCGGUACCUGAUCCCGGUGCCCGCUGUCGAGCCAGACAAUCCGGUACCUGAUGACCCGGUGCCCGCUGUCAUGCCAGUUGACUCAGAGCCUGCUGUCGUGCCUGGUGACUCGGUGCCCACUGCCUUGCCAGAUGACGCGGUGCCCGCUGGCGAGCUAAAUGGCCUGGUGACCCAGUGCCCGCUGUCAUGCCUGGUGACUCGAUGCCCGCUGUCGAGCCAGACGAUC